UAUUUUGUUGCAGUUGCUGCAGAUUUUGCCCGAUUCCCGUGGUUUUGUUGUUGCAGCGCAUCACCCAGCCUGCGCUCUGCUCUACCCUGCGGCUCAGGCUGCAGCUCCUCAGCUGCCUCGCUCUGACGUAACCCCGAAAAGCCGGUGCGGGCGGGCGCGCACUCAGCCCGCCGCCGCCGCCAGAUCGAAGCCUAAUUGGCGGGGCCUGGAGCCGGGCAGCGUUCGGCCCCUGGCAGUGGACUGGUAUCGCACCGCGCCUCAGAGCAGUGCAGGCUACAGCACCACGAACAAGUUGCCGGUUUAAGUGAGUGGGCCCGCCCAGCGGGGGAGGGCGCCGAGUCCAAGGGCGCGCCUCGGGCCCCGUACUGAGGUAAUUGAAGGGCGGGCCGAAACUAGGCCGGGUUAAGGCCGCAGUUAGGCCGCGGCCCGAUUCCCCCAGCCAGCCCCACCUUGGCUGGCCCGACAUCAAGGCCUGAAAUCGCAACGGAUCAAAAGGAAGAAGCGCACCGAGAAAGGGAAGGAGAGACGGGAAAACAAUUUUCUUCGGUCAGCCCCGGACUUUCGGCCGUGGAAGAAGAGGAGACGGCGGCCCGAGGGAGAAGCUGGAUGUUCUGGGGGCAUCCCGCAAGUAUUGCCACGCUUCCGGUGCCAACAUAGCAUGCCCACGACUUCUUAACCUGUACGUCUUUGGAAUGUGGGAAGAAACUGGAGCACCCGGAGGAAACCCAUGCGGACACGGGGAGAACAUACAGACAGUGGCCGGAAUUGAACCCGGGUCGCUGACGCGAAUCUCAGAUGGUGAUGAGGAAGUGUACAGGAGUGAGAUCGGCUGGUUGAUUGGUGUUGCAACAACAACCUCGCACUCAUCGUCAGCAAGGCUGAGGAAUUGAUUGUGGACUUCAGGAAGGGAAGUUGGGAGAACACGCACCAGUCUUCGUUGAGGGGUCAGCGAUGGAAAGGACUGAUGAAAACUCUAAAUCAUGGAUCAAGGAGGGGGAGGACUUGAGCUGCAUUCACAGGAGUCAAAAGUCUCUCAUGCGAUGAUUAUGCAGGACUUUGUGUCUGGAAUGGCUGGUGCAGCCCACAUUGAUGGAGAUCACAUUGUUGUAUCUGUGCCUGAUGCAGUACUGGUCUCGGAUGUCAGUGGGGAAGAGGUUACCCUAGAACAUGGUCUCACAACUAAUAUUCACGAAGUUGUACAGGGCCCGGAUAUUAUAGCUGAAAGUGAUGAUGUAACGGAUGGUGUGAUGGUCUCAGGCUCUGUCUUAGAAACAAAUGUUACUCUUGAAGAAGACUUGAAUGCCAAUUCAGUUCCUGACCAUGUUCUGGCUUCAGAUCUUAUAACAGAGACUGUUGGUGUUCCAGAUCAAGUAUUGGUAUCAGACCUUGUAUCAGUGCAGGAUGAAGAGCAGUUCGAACAUGUGGUCCAGGAUUCUGUUACGGAUGUUCUUUCUCCUGCAGUGGUCUCAGAAGAAGUUAUGGAAGUAGAUUCUGUGUCAGAGACUGUAAUUCAAAACCAUGAUUUAGUAGUUCAAAAUCAAGAGACUGUUUCUGGCCCAACCAUGACUAUUGAAGCCCAGGUAGAUGGAAAAGAUGCAUCUGAGGAUUUCUUAAUGAUAUCGUUAGAUGAUGUUGGAGAGAAGUUGGACCGGAUGGAAAACGCACCAAUAAAAAUAAGCACUGAUGUUGAGCAAGAUGAUUCUUCUAAAGAAGAUGGAUUUGGAGCUGAGGUCAUAAAAGUAUAUAUCUUUAAAGCUGAACCCGAAGAUGAUGUGGAAAUAGGCGAAACCGAAGUAGUUGCAGAAAAUGAAUAUCAGAAUGGUCAUGCCAUAACCAGCAUGCUUGAUCAAGGGAAUGUUGGUCGAAUGUCUCGGGAAAAGAUGGUUUAUAUGGCAGUCAAAGAUCCAUCUCAGGAAGAUGACAUUAAUUGUACUGAUAUUGCUGAUGAAGUUUACAUGGAGGUCAUUGUUGGAGAUGAGGAAGCAACAACAGUUCAUGAGACACAGAUUGAGGAUUCUGGCAUCAGUAAAGCCUUUGUACCUGUUGCAUGGGCUGCUGCAUAUGGUAACAACUUUGAAGCAAAGAUAGAAAAUAAGAAUGGCACUUCGAGUCAAUUCCUACAAAUAAGUGACAGCACAAGCACUACCAGAGCACUAAAGCAAAAAGCCAGGAAGAAGAGAAGGGGUGAAGGCAGACAAUGGCAUACAGCUGUCAUCAUAGGUCCUGAUGGACAGCCCAUAACUGUAUACCCAUGUCACAUCUGUGGGAAGAAAUUUAAAUCAAGGGGUUUCUUGAAAAGGCACAUGAAGAACCAUCCAGAGCAAAGUGCAAAGAAGAAGUAUCAGUGCACAGACUGUGACUAUACAACAAAUAAAAAAGCAAGUUUUCAUAAUCAUUUAGAGAGUCACAAGCUCAUCAACAAAGGAGAAAAAACAUAUGAGUGCAAUGAGUAUGGAAAAAGAUUCACUCAGGCAGGGACACUGGCCACUCACAAACUGGUUAAUAGGGAAAAAGAAACUAAAGUGCAUAAAUGCAAAUUUUGCGAUUAUGAAACAGCUGAACAGGGUCUUCUCAACAGGCACCUGUUGGCAGUGCAUAGCAAGAAUUUCCCACACAUUUGUGUGGAGUGUGGGAAAGGAUUCCGUCAUCCUUCAGAACUCAAGAAACACAUGCGAACUCAUACAGGGGAGAAACCAUACCAUUGCCAGUACUGUGAGUACAGGUCUGCUGAUGCUUCUAAUCUGAAAACCCAUGUGAAAACCAAGCACAGCAAUGAACUGCCAUACAAAUGUGACCACUGUCCUCAAACAUUUUUGGAUGACAAAGAUCUGCAGAAGCAUGCCACUUUAUUUCAGGCACAUAGGACCCAUCAGUGCCCUCAUUGUGACCACAGGAGCUCCAAUUCUAGUGAUCUUAAACGUCAUAUAAUAUCUGUGCACACCAAGGAAUUCCCACACAAAUGUGAGGUAUGUGAUAAGGGAUUUCAUCGUCCAUCGGAGCUGAAGAAACAUAUGUCAACUCACAAGGGUAAAAAGCUUCAUCAGUGCAGGCACUGUGAUUUCAAAAUUGCAGAUCCUUUUAUACUUAGCCGCCAUAUUCUUUCAGUUCACACUAAGGACCUUCCUUUUAAAUGCAAAAGAUGUAAGAGAGAAUUUCGACAGCAAAGUGAGCUUAAGAAGCACAUGAAGACACACAGUGGAAAGAAAGUUUACCAGUGUGAAUAUUGCGAGUAUAGCACUACUGAUGCUUCAGGCUUCAAACGCCAUGUAAUAUCUAUUCACACAAAGGACUACCCUCACCGUUGUGAGUUUUGUAAGAAAGGCUUUCGUAGGCCAUCUGAAAAGAACCAGCAUAUAAUGCGGCAUCAUAAAGAGGCUAUCAUGUGAUGUACAGAUGUGAAAGUAUUUUACACAAACUUAAUUAACUCUAAGUUAAUUGGCAUGACUCGUGAACUGUUUCUCCUGGUCUCGACUUGAGUGUUGUUUCUCAACCUACCUUUCAUCCUUUGUAUUAUAAGUUGUCAAAAGGUAUGAGAAUAGGGAGGUGGCGUCAGUUGUAUAAAUGUUUUGGUUUCUUUACAGAAUCUGACAAGUAGUGUUCUGGGGUUGCCAUCAUUGUGAAGCCAUUCAGUGAGUUCAUUGUCUUUUUUAACAAUUUCAGGUGUCUUGAGUUUGUUUCAUAUGCAGUUGCAAAAUAUUGUAUUCCACAGCAAUGCUAUAAAACUCACAAUUAGACCCUUUAAAUUUUUUUCCAUUUUACAGUUAAUCCUGGUAAAUAUCUGAUUACUGGAACAGAUGUUUAAAAGCAUCUUUUUUUAAUGUUUUUAAUCAAAAAUAAAUCCCAAUAAAUAGUUAUUUGUGAUAAAUAGCCUAACAAGUACAGACCAUGUUCCAAAAUGCUUGUGAAAAGACUGGUUCAGUGUAUUCAGGAUUUCUUUUAGUUCACUUAUAGGUGCUGCAGUUGAGACAGACUUGCUAUUUUAAUAUCAAUGCAAGAAUGGGUCUGUGCAGCCAGUGUGGAUUAAUAUCAUAUUGCUUAAGAGUUGGACUGCUUUUUACUAUAGGGCAUGUGUGAUAAUUCUAUGCAUCCCUUUGCAAAUACUUAUGAUCCAUAAGUAAUAUAACUUGGGAGUACUUCAGGAACCAAACAAUUUGGUUCAGGCUAUUUAAUGGAUACAGAUCUUGUUUUGACAUUGUUAUGCAUAUAAUGUGUAGGAAGUAAUAUGAUGGAUAUAGUUUUUUUUAGCGGGUUACUGCUCACACAUUAAAUGGUUGUUCACUUCGUGAAUUUUUAACUUUAUUCAUUGUGUUGUGGUAGUUUUUGUGUUUCUUCAAAUGUUGUCAAUUUUUGUUUUGCACCAGAUGAGAAUCAGUUGCUCGAGAAUUCAAAAUGUUCUAUUUUCAAAAUUCAGAAUGUUAAUUUAGCAAUGCCUCUUAGAUUUAAGAAAAACACGUGUGUUUUAUGUGGCUGUAAAGGUUGUACACUCUGUAAAAUAAGAAAUCUUUUGUCACUGUUCUGUGGGAUUACUAUUUCUAAAUGUUCUUAAUGUGAUGAGUAUAUCAAUAAAACUACAUCUGUUGCACUGAAAGUUAGCUCUUGGUCAAUUCCACUUACCCAGGCACCCCAAUCACAUUGCGGUUUUACAGAUCACCUCCUAAUUCUCUUGCUGUUAUUUUCUGUUAGUUACAUGGCUCCAAGCAUGCAUCUUAUGUUCGCAAAUUAUGAAGUAAGAUUUAUGAUAAUUUGGUCUCUGAAGCCUGCAUGAAAAUGAAAUCAU